CAUGGGCACAGGCAUGGGUACAUGGCGGCUGUGGAAGAAGCUUUUCGCGCGCGUCACUGAGGAACGCUCACGAUCGUAUUAGACCCCGGUGUGUUGGAUUUUUCUUGUCCUCUCAUACCAAACGGCGUGAUAGAGAAAACCGAUAUCGGGCAAAUAAAGUAGAAGAAAUGAAACGAGACAAGGAAGAAAUACUAUCACACUCACCGUAGAGAUAGAGAGGGACACAAAUGGAGCAAAACUGUCAUCCUCCGAACCAUGCGUGCGACGGUUCUGCGCCCCAGCACGGGAUUCGGGCUUGUAUAAAUAUUGUAACGGUCGCUGCCGGAUCGCUCAUAUCGUAGCAGACUCAGUUUUGGAACGCAACGGUUGACGGACAAACCCCGACACCGACACGUGUUGUAAGUAGCGCAAGGGCCAAGUGAUCUAAUAAAGUACUGCUUAAGACCAGUGUGCUGUGCCGUACGUUUCUGUGACUGUAGUGCAGAUUUGUGCAAAACUCUACUAGUUCUUGUGGUGCGACCUCAUCCAAACCGUACUAUUGUCUCGAGCGUUGUUUCUCAUUGCGCUAGCGGAAAACGGUACCGGUGGCAAAAAGCGCAACAGUAAGAAGUGCCCUUCCCCCUUUGGCACGGCAGAACAGAACAGCAAUUUUCCCGUCCGGCAGCGAAAAGUGCACCGAAUCUUUCCGAAAGCAACUCAUCGGCCCACCGACUCUACCCAUGGCUGCUCCAGCGACACCUUCGCGACAGAUUCUCUUCGUCCUGGCACUAUUGUUUGUCGUGAAGCUGGGCUCCGGUCGACCGCAAAAUGCAAUCGAUAAUCAGGAUCUGCCCGAGAUAAACCCGAACGAGCUGCGAAAACUCUACACAAACUACAACUCGUACGUAUCGAACCAGUUGGACAACUAUGGGCUGGAUCCGUUACAGCUACAACUGUUGGCUCAGUACGCCCAGAGCAACGCCAUCAGCGGUGGUGGUGGUGGCUGGGAUCAGCUGUACCGGGCGCCAGAAAUGAAGCGCCAAAUUCGGUACCGUCAGUGCUACUUCAAUCCCAUCUCCUGCUUCAAGAAGUAAGCGUCCUUCUCGGUGCACUCCAUCACUAAAGAACCAUGUCCCCCCGGGGAGGAGAAACCAUGUUGCAGAAGGGGCGGGAAGGGGGCCAGAAUGUGAGUUUAAGCUGCGUUUCCAGUUCCUUCAAUCUUCCAUCCCGUAGUUGUGUAAGCUCCUGUUCGGCCUUCGCCAGCAUCUCUAUCCGGUCGUUAGCCGCUAGACGCAAGUGAAAUGAAUUUCCAAUGGAUGGAACUCUCUGUCCGUAAGACGGGGCAGCCAUCCGAGGAGAGUAGGAGAAGGAUCAGAUGGAAAGAAUGGAAUGUUUCGUAAUGUUUGUUGAUUUUCGGAAUGGAACGAAACAAAAAUAUACACACAACAAAAAACAGUUAAGAAUCAUACAAGCCAAAACAAACAAAAAAAAACAAAAACACACAUAGGACCUCAUAGUGUCGAGGUUAUCUCCGGUAUCGGUUGCUGCUAAUCUAUUUGGUGUGACAGGGAUGUUUGUAAAUGUUUAAAGUCAUAUUUUAUCUACGAAAUAAUAUCGAACGCGAAUGGAAGAAUGCUAGAAGCUGAACAGAAAAGCAAAAAAAAAAACGAAAGACUAUUGUAGUAAAACAAAAAUACAAUAUGGCGAUCAUUAGUACAUACACACAACAAUCUAGCAAAAGCCCUAUUGCCGUUUCUCUUUGAGGUGAAAUACACAAUAUAUGUAACUACAUGUAAACUAAUUGGGACGGUUGAUGUUUGACGCAGGAUCAGAACACAAACACACAAAAACAGGAAAAGCAAAACAAUCUCAAAAAAAAAAAAAAAUUACAACCACUCCCCUCCAUUUGCAAAAUUAAUGCCUUUCUUUACGAGCACUGUAGAUCCUUUUAUUUUUAAAUAUUCUUUCAUAUUGUUUUCGCUAUCCAUUUUUUAUGAAACACUAAAGACAACAGGUCUCCCCAAAAUUCAAAGAAGACCGAGAUAAACAUUUGAACGACUUUUCCCGAUCAGUCAGGGUUGGUUUCAUCUGAAAUACAUCAAAACGAAAGGAAGGUGUUAAAAAGACUCUAAUUCCAUAAAAAGGGACCUGGAGGUCCCGAUCACCGUCAUUUGGAUCUCCGUAUACUAUCACUACACUACAUCCGAGAUGGGGGAGAAGGAUGUAUUGUGAAUUAUGUUUCACGCAUGACCGAUCAUAUUUCUAGUCCACACAUAUACACUUGUUCAUAAAUUCCUAGCAAGUCAUCCGUCUAUCCUGAUGCCGCUAGACUAGACAACACUGCAGGCAACAGAAAAAGGCUCAUAAACAAAAACGUUUUAAGGACUCUUCAUUCUGUACUGCAACAGGAACUCAACACCGGACCCACACACACACACACCUGAGCACAGAUCCUUACACCUCACACACCUUUAACGUUUCACACGACAAUUGAAGCAUCUAGCUGCACACAAUGUAUUUACACGUACAUACAUUCAUAUAUUUAUCGCAAAUCUCAAUAAACUAGAGCUGCUGUAAAAAGACGUAUGAAGUAUGUUUGGUACAGAA